UGUUCUAUUGGAUUGUUCAUUCCAUUACAACGUUGCUAUAGUUCCCAUGGCCUUACACGACAAAUGAAGCAAAUUUCCAAAGUCAGUACAGUUUUCCUUUUUGAGAAAUAGACUGACGUUGAAUUAUUAUUUCCUUUUUGUUUUUUAGUUCGAUGAAUUAUUUCCUUCUGUUAUACGCACGUAGUCAUGCAAUAAUGUGAUCCAAUGUAUGUAUAUGACGAAAAUUCAAAGAGGGAGGCUCUCACAUUAAUUAUUAGUCGACUAAUAGUUAUACAAUCUGCACAUUUUCCUUAUACUUUAUGUUUAAAAAUGCUCGGAUGAAAAUUAUAGAAAAUAUAUAUAUAUGCUUAUUGAAUUAGGAAAUUGGACAUCAAGGCCCUCUGAUCGUCCCGAACGCCACCCUGGAGAUCACAAGGCCCACCACUUCGUCGUCCUUACCAUUCGGGCAGAGCUGUUUCAAUCGUGUUAGUAAAUAGUAGGGUAAUGGCUAUUUUUUAUCCAAACCUUUUUUGGAUUCUUUUUUAUUAGCCAAACCUAUCGAAAUACCAAAAAAUUAGUCAAAUGUUAACUUUUAGUUAGCAAUUUUAUUAGUAAUAUUGAUUUGGCAACAUGAUACUAACUUGGAAGAGACACAUGAAAGUCAACAUUCCAAAAUUUUAGUAUUUUAACUAAAAAAAGAGUUACAAAAAUAUUAAAGAUAACGUGAAAUGACUAAUAUUUUGAUGCAUUACGAAAGAUUUGGCUAAUUAAUAGCAUUCUAAUAGGUUUUGAUAAUAUAAAAGAAUCCAAAAAAAGUUUGGAUAAAAAAUAGACAUUACCCUACUCGACCUCGACGACGACGAUCUCUUCGAUCUCCUCUCGUCGAUGAUCGCGUCGAGAAUCGAGCUCGCACCCUCACGCAUACUCUUCAGCUUCCCUUGGAACCCGGACAUGACGGGAAGAAAUGUAAGAGAAGGAUACAGGUCCGACAUCCCGAAACCUGACAGGACAUCCGAUAUGUUCUCAGCAACCGUCAGGAACGCCUGGUUCAGCCCUCGAAUCGUCCCGAACAACGCCCUGGAAAUCACGGCCCCGGACAGGCUCUCCACCAUCCGACUAAGAUCCACCACAGUUGUCGUAGCGCGGCGGAGAUCCAGUACGAGCUUGUCCACCUCCUGUCCCCUGAUCCAGCGGAAGGAGUGGACGCGCUUGGUGCUUAGGAGCUCCAGGGUGCAGAUCUUGCGGAGCUGGCGCCAGUGGUGGCCGUAGGGCGCAAAAGCGACGUCGUUGCAGCCGUCGUAGAGGACGGAGGAUGUGGAUCACUGGCCAAAAUCCCGAGUAGUCAUCCAAGCACAGAAUAGUUGAAGACCAUACCUCAUCCUGGCUUCAACUCUAGCUCCUCUCCCACCUUACACUUAUCUACUGCUGCUGCUGAUGAUAUGCUUACACAUAGCAUAAGCAGAGAAGAAGAAUAAAAGGGGUCAGCUCAUAGCUGAGUGAGAUAAUCAUAGCAUCGUGAGUUCAUAACAGAGCAUACCUUAUCAUACAUCUAACAAUCUAGCCAAAACACUAGGAUCGGACCUCAGCCAUCCUCAUAUCCCAAUAGGCAAAAGACUCAACCACCUUGACUUAUGCAUAUACAUCUUAUCAUGUUUUAAUCAUAGGCGUCUGGCUACUCCCAUGCUAAUUACUCUCCCAGGAAUACGGACCAAACAUCUCGUGGAUGUGGUCAUAUUGGACCCACCACUGCCGGUGUAGUCAUAUCGGACCUGACAUCACUCUGGGUGUGGUCAUAUCUCAUGAUGAAUCAACGGUCAACACCACAUCAGGGGUGUGACAUAACAUAUCAUAACGGAGUAAUAGCAUGGGGAGCCCUAAUUACUAUGUAAUUGACCAUUAGACCAAAUCACUCUUAUUUGAUAUCCUUAUACAUGAUUCAGAUUUCAUCUUGCUUAAUCAUAAUUCGUUACUUAGACAUGUUCUUGGCCAGACCACAAUUGGCUCAACAUAACCAGGAGUCGUAUAAUUGCACUUCCUCGGGAUAAACCCUCGUGCAAGUCAUCCUCCUUAAACAUAAAAAUAUCACCAGGGAAUAUAUAUUUUCCCACAUGUGCAUCCAAAUACAACAAUCAUGAAAAAUCAUACCCAAUCACCUUUUCGAACCAUCAUAAGGCAAAUCAACAGUCAAGCCCACAAUUUGCAACAUAUACGAAAUCAUCAGCAUAAACAAGGUCCAUCUCGAUUAGGGCAAGUCAAUAAUAUCAUACAGUAGUCCAUGGUUCAGCAUAUAGCACAAAAGAUCAUACACACCUAAUCAUGCCAUUCUAGUUCACCUAGGUCAAUUCUAAGCAUAAGUAUAAUUAUCGUGAUACGACAAACCCGGUAUGUCGUGCUAAUCCCUCACCAGUUCUGGUCGUUCAAACACCGGUUUACGCUUCCCGUACUAAAAUGUCAAUUUCACAAACGAACCCCGAAUUAAAAUCCGAGACCGUCCUAAAUAUCCCCUGCAGUAUCCCCGUAAAUAUUAGUUCUAGGCUCCGGGUCAAAUUAUUAAUAAAAACACAUCAAACCCUGGCCGGAGCUAAAUUCAACGAUUUGGACCCCGACCUAAAUAAUUGCCGAAAUUCAGGGAUUAGAACUAGAGGAUUGAUUACCUCGCUGCAGGAAGCUCGUAUAUGAAAUUUGGGCUCAAUCCGACUUCUGGAUACUACGAAACCCUAAUUUGGCUUAUCGGGAAUUCAAAAAAUUCCUAAACCAAAAACUGUUUUAAAGCUCUAAAUCGAUAAAUCACGAUGUAUAGAUGAAUUAGGUAUUACUUACGGGAUUUUUGGAUCACUAAAACUUAAGAUUUGAGCUUUGAGAAUUUCCGUGCUCACCUCCCCUGCGUGCCCUCUGCUCCAGUUCUCUCGGUCCAGGAAAAUAAAGAAUGAAACGAUGA